UCUCACGCCUCGCUGCUUGAGCUAGAGUUGACGCCUCCCUCUCGCGGUCUCAUCUCGACUCUUGCCUCCUCUCUUGCUCUAUUUUUUGCAUCUCCUACAGCUCGGUCACCUUGCCGCCUCCAACCGCUCUUAUUUGCGGUGCCAAAAAUUGCGGCAAGACCACCUCCUCUCGCCACCUCCUCAAAAUCCUCCUUCAGAGGUCCAACAUCUUCUCAUAAAAUAAAAAAUUGUGAAGCCACACUUUGCGGAUUCGGCAAGGUUUCGCCUUCCUAGUAAUAUUGUUCCUAGCUCAUCCAGCGAUUUGCAUUUUCUUUUAAAGAUUUAGCAUUCAUCGGGAGGCUCAGAAGCACCCAAUCCCGGCAAUGACAGAGGUGGGAUUCGGUGAGACUUGUCUGGAUUACUUGGCUGUUUUGUCCACUUUACCCAGGCCUGGUGACAAAACCCUAUGCAGGAGCAUGAAAGUUCAAGGAAAUGGAGGAGCAGCGAACGCUUUAACUUGUUUGGCUCGUCUGGGUGUGAGAGCAAGGCUUAUGUCCAAGAUUGCUGAUGACGUCCCCGGUAAGUGCAUAUUGGAGGAGCUAAAGGCUGAUGGUGUAGAUACCUCUUUUCUUGUGGUUGCCGAGGAUGGACAAACGCCUUUUUCCUAUGUUAUGGUCGACGAAUCAACGAGAACACGUACUUGCAUUCAUACGCCGGGAUCCCUGGUCAUGGACCCGGCUGACAUUUCCCAGAUGGAUUUAAAAUCUGCACUCCAAGGGGCGAGGUUUGCCUACUUUGAUGCGAGACACACAGAUGCUGCAAUAGUUGUUGCCCGCGAGGCAGCUGGGCAAAAUAUACCCAUUCUCCUUGAUGCAGCAGAGAGAAGGCCGGGAUUGGACGGUCUUCUUCACUUAUCGGAUUAUGUCGUAUGUUCAGCUAAAUUUCCACAGGCAUGGACAGAGGCACCAUCUUUGCCUAGUGCCCUUUUAUCCAUACUUCUUAGAUUACCAAAACUGAAAUUCGCAAUCGUGACCUUGGGCAAACAUGGAUGCCUGAUGCUGGAGAGAUCAUCAGAUGCAGAGAACCCUCCGAUGGGAGAAGAAGAUGCCGAUAGCUUAUUGCACUCUUUGGAGCAAGAAAAGGAUGAUAGUGUAGCCAGACCAAUGUGCAUUCCAUCGAAAGUGGUAAAACUGAAAGCAAACGGAAUUGGGACAUUGACCGGUAGAUUGCUCGUGGGUACUGCCGAAAGGAUACCGCCAUCAGAACUAGUCGACACAACUGGUGCCGGCGAUGCUUUCACCGGAGCUAUUCUCUAUGCAUUGUGUAUGAACAUGGGCCCGGAAAAGAUGCUUCCAUUUGCUGCCACAGUGGCGGCUGCUGGGUGCAAGCAACUGGGAGCUAGAACUGGUCUUCCCUUCCGGACCGAUCCAUUUUUGGCUCCGUAUUUAGACAAACCGGCAAUUCUGUGAAAUCAAACACAGAAAGUCUUCCAUGUAAUGGCGACUCAUGGAGCACACCGAUUGGUUAUGGAACAUUGGAUAAUUGAGUUUUCAUGGAGAUCAAGUCUAUGUAUACCUGCUAAUUAGUUAUGGAAGAUUGGCUAUGUCUAAGUGUGCCUUUUGGAGAGCACAAUGACGAACAUGGAAAACACUUUGCUCCAACAAUGUCCGUCCUUGUCGAUGGAUACAAAAUCCACAUGAAUUCGAUCCCAAGUUACAUUCAGAGAUCUUUGGGCUUUGUAUAUUACUAAGUCGCCUAGUUGGUUGCUGUCGAAUAUCAUGACGCGCUCAUCGUUCAUGUUGACCAAAUGACAUUGCAUAACUGUGAUAAAAUCAUCAAAUUGCACUCGGCAAA